GGACCCAUCCCAUGCUUGGAAUGUCUCAGUAGUCCUUCAUUAGCAUAGAAGGAAAAAUAUAUAAUAUUUUCUCAGCUUACACGCUCUUUCUAACUUUAUACGGCCCUCUUUUGUUGUGAUGGCGAGGGUCUCAGGAAGCCAUGACUCGAAGAAUCGCGUUGGAUAUUCACCUUCUAUGCCCUCAGGUAAUCAGACAAUUCGGAUAUUCUUCCGUCUGCCCCUGUUUUCAAGGUCGUCUGCCCUUUCAUUCAAAUCGUGCACAAGUUUCUCCAGACUUUGUAGUUUAGUUUUGAAAGGGGACAAUUCGUCUUCCACCUCAGAUAUCCUGGUUUCCGCUUCUGCAAUCCUUUUAUUAUGCUCGUCUAGCAUAUGACCGCAUAUCUAGCGGUGCAUUUGCAGUAGCUGUGAUAUCGGGUCCAUUUUAUCAUUUAUGAGUUUAGAGAUAUUAGCUGUAAUCUCCGCUACCGCGUCCGACAGUGGGUUUGUGGAUGAGCUUGUGUUAGCGCCGUCAGGAUGUUCGUUAGCCUCUUCACGGCUGGUAAACUGCGUUUUUUUACGUGGCAUAUUUUCCGAUUGCCUCAGAAAGUAGUCAUCUAUGCUCAUACUGUAAAAUACUGAGUCUGCGCGUGUAAAAACGUAACCUACUGAAAGUUUUAAAAUAUGACAACGUGACACUACCGCUUAACUACACACAGCCUUCCUUCAAGCCGCCAUCUUGGAACUCUGAUUUUCAUUUGUUAAACUAUAUUUUCUGUUCAAAUGUAAUUAUUUACAUUAAGUUUUGAUUUUUGUUUUCCUGCGAGUUGAUGUUGCACUCCUACACUAAUGACUACAUUAUUUAUUUCUUAUGGAAAUGGCAUGUAUAUUUGCAGCAUGUCUUGCUGAAUGGAUCACAUUGAAGCGGAAUACUUCAAAUUAAUUUAUUAUAUAUUAUUUCAGUCAAUAUAUGUCAGUUUUGUGUUUAAGUUUCACAAACCUCUCACGUUUCAUUUGUUGUGCUUCUUUGUCUACAGUUACAUCAAUUUCUAACUGAUUAUUUAUUUAAGACAGCUUUUAUCCUUUAGAUUAAUUUAUUUAGUUAUUUUUAUUUUUAUUUUAGUCAUUUAUUUUAUGUCAUUUGCACAUUUGCAGUCAUUUGAAUUUAAAAGAAAACAUUUCUUAGUCUUAUGUCUUGUUACCAUAGUGACAUGUUCUGAGAAUAGAGCGCAUACCAAAAGUGUACUUGAAGCCCUGCAUCAUCGGAGAAUAUCUUGUGGGUUUGUUGUCGUGGAGUAGUACAGGUGUGUUUUUAAGUGUUUAAAUACUUGCGUUCCCGAGUGUUUUGAGACUGUCUCAGUGAUUGAACAUCUUCCGUUUGAGUGAUUCACGGUGCAAGACCGAAAUCCUCAUCCUAUUCCAGCUAGCAAACCCCAAGUUUUUGAAAGGUUACAGGUGAAAGACUGAAACCCUGUACCGAACUAUAUGAUGGUCGAACAGAAUUCUGAUCUCCCCACAACAUCAGCUGCUAAAAUGGAGGAAGACGAAGUUCCCAAAGCCUGCAAGAUCUCCCAGAGACAGAAAAAAGUGAAGCAGCUCAAAGAAAGGCCAAGAAAUGGCACUAAUAAUGAGAAGGAGAAAGUAAAAGAAAAGAGAAAGAAGAGAAAGAAGAGCAAGGUUGCUUCUUUCAUCAGAGCUGCUCUUCGAUGGUUCUGCUUCUGUCCUCGUAAUGAGCCGUUCACACUUUCCUCAUCUGAUGAUUCUGAACAUGAGAUCUAUGAAAAGAUGAUUGUGGAAGAGGAAGAAGUGAAGGAAAUAAUGCAGGAGGAGGUGGUGGAGAAGAAAGAGAAGGUGAUGGAAGAGGAGGAGGUGGUGGACAAAGAGAAAGAUAACACAAAGCAAGAAAAGACAAAUGAGGAGGAGGAGGAGAAAAGUGGAGAGGAGAAGGUGGUGGAGAAAAAGGAAGAAGGGAAGGAGAUAAUGCAGAAUGAGAUUGUGGUGGAGAAGAAGGAGCAGGUGAUGAAAAAGAAGAAGGUGGUGGUGAUGGUGGUGGAAGUGGUGAUGGUGGAGAAAAAUAAACAAAUAAAAAAAGAUACCAGCACCCAACUAACAGAGGAGGAGAAGGUGGUGGAGAAAAAGGAAGAAGAGAAAGAGAUAAUGCAGAAGAAAGAGGUGGAGAAGGAGGAGGAGGUGAUGAAAGAGAAGAAGGUGGUGGAGAAAAAGGAAGAAGAGAAAGAGAUAACGCAGAAGGAAGAGGUGGAGAAGGAGAAGGAGGUGAUGAAAGAGGAGAAGGUGGUGGAGAAAAAGGAAGAAGAGAAAGAGAUAACGCAGAAGGAAGAGGUGGAGAAGGAGGAGGAGGUGAUGAAAGAGGAGAAGGUGGUGGUGGGGAAAAAGAAAAGAAAAGAUACCAGCACCCGACUAUGGAAGUUGUCAGGCUGGAGGGUGAACGUCCAUGAAGAUGACAUGUAG